CCGUGCUUUCGGCAGGAUACAUCUCUGCACGAAGUCAACCCAACAAUAUUGUAUUCUGAGGCCUACAAAAUAUCAAGUGCAGCUCACAAAUCUCUUGCAAUGCGGAGAUAUUCCUAGAGUGCACUUGAGACGAGACAUGAAAAUUACCGAGCAAGGAAACUUGAAUUGGAGGCUCUGAUGAGCCAUUUAAAUUGCCCACAGCAAUCUAAUCACGGUGACCAACGUCGUGGAACCUAGAGAUAGUGCCAUGUCCGACAAAAAUGAUAUUAAUAAUCUUGGGGGUGCUGAUGGGACUCGGAACGCAACAAUUGAUGCCCCUCUGCGAAAGUUGGCUCAUACAGACUACAUAGUGGGUUGGAUUUGUGCCCUAAGCACGGAACAUGUUGCCGCGCAGGUCUUUCUCGAUGAAAGGCAUGAAGGUCCAGAUUAUGUAUCCCCCAAUGACAAUAACGAUUACACCUUGGGCCGGGUCGGGAGCCAUAACGUCGUUAUUGCUGUCUUACCGCAAGGGGAAUACGGCGUAUCAAGCGCCACAGGUGUUGCAAAAGACAUGCUGCAUAGCUUUCCCAAUAUCAGAAUCGGUCUGAUGGUUGGCAUAGGAGGUGGCGCACCAAGUUCAAAGCAUGAUAUACGACUUGGAGAUGUUGUUGUUAGUGCUCCUCGCGGGGGUAAUGGGGGUGUUUUUCAAUAUGACUUCGGCAAGGCAGUUCAAGGGGGAGGUUUCCACACAACAGGUUUUCUUAAUCAGCCACCGACAUUUCUUCGGACUGCAGUUAACGGUCUUCAGGCUGAAUAUGAGAUUAACGGUCACCAGCUUGAGGAGGCUAUCAACAGUAUCUUGGGGAAAAUGCCACGGUUAAGGAAGAAGUACGGACGACCGCAACCAAGCAGUGAUAGGUUAUAUAAGUCUACAGUCAUCCACCCUUCAGGCACCGAGGAAGACUGCAUAAGUUCCUGUGGCAACGAUUCCUCGAUGUUAGAACAGCGAAUGGACCGCACUGAAGAUGAGGAUAACCCUAGCAUCCAUUACGGCUUGAUUGCCUCCGGAAACCAGGUAAUGAAAGAUGCCAUUAUCCGAGACAAGUUAAUCAAAGAAAAAGACGUCUUAUGCUUUGAGACGGAAGCGGCUGGAUUGAUGAACCAGUUUCCAUGUUUAGCUAUUCGCGGCAUUUGUGAUUAUUCAGACUCUCACAAAAAUAAUAAGUGGCAAGGCUACGCGGCGAUGACAGCGGCAGCAUACACAAAGGAUCUUUUGUACAGGAUCCCUCUGUAUAAGAUUGAGGCGGAGAAAAAGAUUAGUGAUGUGCUUUCAAUCGUUCAGGAAGGAGUCGAUAAGCUUGUCACUGUUCAACGAAACAAGGAUAACCAGGAAAUCAUCGAGUGGCUUACACCGAUUAACUAUGCCCAUCAACAAAGGGACUUUAUGAAAAUUCGGCAGCCAGACACGGGUCAUUGGUUCCUAAGCUCAGAGGAGUACCAGACUUGGAUUGAAUCUGACAAGCAGACGCUAUUUUGUCCAGGUGUCCCUGGAGCUGGAAAGACAAUUAUGACCGCAACGGUUAUCAACGACUUGUAUACCAGAUACAAGGACGAUGCUGACAUAGGCAUUUCAUAUUUGUAUUGCGAUUACCGAAGACAAAAUGAACAGAAAGCCGAAGACCUGGUGGCAAAUCUGUUGAAACAGUUGACUCAAGGACGUGCCGCGAUGCCGGACUUCAUAAAAACCUUAUAUGCUGAAUUCAGGAAAAAGCCAGAACGACCAUCUCUACGUAAUCUUUCGGAAGCCAUGCGAUCAGUUUGUCUCCUCUACUCCAAAGUCUUCAUUAUCGUCGACGCACUGGACGAAUGCCAGCCUGCAGAUAAUUGCCGCAAAUCCUUUUUAUCUGAGAUUUUCAAAUUGCAAGAAGGGACAAACGUAAACUUCUUUGCAACUGCACGAAAUAUUCCGGAUAUCUUAGAGGCGUUUAAACAUAGUUCCUCCCUAGAAAUCAGCGCCAGAGAUGAAGAUGUGCAAAAAUACCUGGCCGGGAACAUGGAGCGGCUCCCACCAUUUGUCUUACGCAACCCCGAGCUGCAAAACGAAAUAAAAACCAUCAUAUCCAAGAUUGCUAGUGGAAUGUUUCUCAUUGUGCGUUUACAUGUUGAUGCACUGGUCCACCUGCCCACUGUAGGGCAUGUCAAACAAGCGCUGCAAAAUUUGCCCAAAAGGUUAGAUGUGACAUACGAACGAGCAAUGGAAAGAAUUGAGACCCAAGGCGAUGCCGUUCAAAAGUUGGCCAAAAAGGUUUUAUGCUGGCUCAUUUACGCAAAAAGAGUGCUCUCUGUGGCCGAGCUUCAGCACGCGGUAGCAGUUGAACCAAAUACCAAGCAGCUCGACGAGGAAUUCAUCCCAGAUAAGGAAACUCUAGGUUCUGUCUGCGCAGGUCUAGUCACCUUCGAUGCUGAGAGUGAUGCCGUACGGUUGGCACAUUAUACUAUCCAAGAAUACUUUGAGCGAGACGGGAAACAUUGGUUUCAAGACGCAGAAGCUGAUAUUGCAACAGCUUGCAUAACUUACAUCUCCUUUGAUGUUUUUGAGGAUUCUAGGGCUGAUAUCCAGCAACGCAAGCAGAAAUUUGCGCUAUAUCAAUACGCCGUCGGAUUCUUCGGGAAACAUGCCCGCGCAGUGCCAGAGACGAUGCAACUAAGGCAGCUGAUACUAGAUUUUCUGGGCAAUCGCAAGAAGAUAUACUCCGCCAGCUAUACGAUAAAAGGGGCUCCUCCAGUUCCAAAGGCCAUUCAUCUCGCAGCCUUUUUUGGGCUAGAAAGCAUAAUUGCACACUUCUUAGAAAAUGGAAACGACACGAAUGCCAGGGAUUUCCUAGCGGAUACACUCCAUUGGGCUGUUAAAGGGGAGUGAUAUCCAUGGUCAAACACCACUCUUCCACGCAUGCUAUGGCGGCAAGAAUGA